ACUUCAACUACUCUUAUUGUUGCUACAAUAAAUUAAUUUUAACAAAUAAUAAAUAGAACAGUGAAUAUGGAUUAAGGUUCAGAGGUGUAGCGAACUAAUAAGUCUCAUUUUAAAAUUGUCGACAAAUAAACUUCACUUGCUCUAGGCGAUAAAAACACCAUUUCUUUAUCAGUAAGGUAGAAACAUAUAGAUAGAUAAGCGUUGUAUUUCAAGGGAGUAACAACAACGUCUAUAUCUAAUCAGUAAUCAAGUUUCACCUGUAACAGAAACUUUGUUCGUUCAACUACUAAAACAUUUUUUAGCUAACAUUUUUAGAUUUUCAUCAACCAAAAUGGCAAACGAAGAAGAACCGCAACAAAAACUAAUCAUUACCGAUACUUCGAAAAUUUACGAAGAUAUGGCACCUUAUUACUUGAAGGAAACGUUUUCGGACAUUCAGAUAAUCCUAUCCGAUAAGAACAUUCAUGCGCACAAAAUUGUUCUCGCUGCGAGAUGCAAAUAUUUUGAGUCCCUUUUAAUGCAAGAUCCAAAACAAGCCCAGAUUGAAUUAAUGAAUGCGCCUUCCAAAGCUUUUGAAACAAUACUGUAUUACAUUUAUACAGGAACCGUUGUCAUCGCAUCACUAGAUGAGAAAUAUGUGUCCGAUAUAUUGAAGCUAGCACACGAAUAUUCGUUAAAAACACUGGUACAAAUUAUAAACGAAAAAAUGGCUUCGAUUGUAGAUUUGACGAACGUUUGUUUCUUUCUAAAUAUAGCUAACGCACAUGACAUGGACGAGUUAAGAGAAACGUGUCAUGCUCUUAUCGAUGAACAUGUUUCCCAAACGUUAGAAUAUGGUUUUUUCAAUGUCCUCACACAAAAAUCUAUGGUUAACCUGUUGAAAAGAGAUGCGUUUCUCGAACAAGAAAUCGAUGUUUUUAAUAUAGCGGCAAACUGGUGCAAAAAUAACAAAGACGUAGACAACUUGGUUAUCGGGUGCGUUCGAUUUCCUUGUUUAACGCGAAACGAAAUCUUAAAUGUUGUUCGGCCAUCCAAAAUUGUAGAUGACGCAAAACUGCUGAAUGUUCUUACAACGAUUGAAAAUAACGGUACACAAAAAACACUACGCUUUGGUGGCCAGUUAAAAGAUAAAAAUCUUGCUACAGCAGAAUACAAUGUUAAAGUAGUUUCUGGAUUAAAUACUACUAUGUUGUUUGAAGAAUCUAAAGACGGGAAUGACGGCGCUUAUCACAAUAAGAAUGAUCAAAACGGUAUCACUGUGGAUAUUGGUCAAGGUGAUUUAGCCAAAAUUUUUAAGUUUCAAGUUUUCAUGAGUAGUACAGUUCCUAAAAUGCGUAACCAAAUUGUUUAUCCUUCUUCCAAUGUUAUAACUUCCGAAAACUAUAUGUUCUUAGGGGACAGUUCACCUAGUUCCUUCAUUUUGGAAGUCCGUUUAAAUCAGCCAUACAUGAUUUCACAAAUAAAGGUUAAGCUACGAUUUUACAGUUACAUAUCUGUGAUAGAAACUUACGAAAAAAGUCGUUCGAAAUGGGAAAUAGUUGCACGUUCAAUUAACGAAGACAAACUUCUCACUUUUAACGAAAGAACAGUCAAUUGGAUUAAAAUUACUGGUCAACUUUCUCCUAAUAAGACAAAGGACCACUGCCGACAAUUUUUGGAAGAUAUCGAAUGUUCCUAACUAAGAAAAUUUCAAGUCAAAAAUUGUGAAUUAAAUAUUCACUGAUUUUUAUUGUAAGACCACUCACAUUUGUAAACCAUUUUAGUAAAUGUUGUUACCAUCUUAA